AUGGCUGAAGAGGACUCGUACGCAGCCCUCGCCGGCAUCAUCUCCAACCUUGCCAAACAAUACACCCCUACCGACGAUGAUUUCAACAGCCGUGUCGCUGCCAACAGCAUCGAAGCAAACCGCAGCCCCUUACCUGGCGCCGACUCUGCCUCCAAACGUCAACUCGAGCGAGAAGUCGCUGCCCUGGCCAGCCGUGUGCAAUAUCUCGAAAACAGAGUCGCUUCCUCGGCCUCGACCGUCUUUCCCAUCACCCCCAACGAGCCGCUACAGUCUGCCUUCUCGCCAGAGAGCUCGCCCACCGCUGCUCGUGUCUUGGCUUCACGGCCUCGCUCUGCAUCACUGGUAAACAGUCUACUGGCCAAGUCGGAGAGUCCUAAAGGCACUGCCGUACCACGUCAGCUGACAGAAGAAGAGCUUGGAGUUCUUCGCGACCAUGUCGAUCGUCAGAGCGAACAGAUCAAGGCUCAGAAAGAAUACAUCGACAGCAUUAAUGAGACUCUGCAACAGCAGCGCCAGGCUACCGAGCAAGCCCUCGGUGGCAUCGAGAGCUCUAUGGACGACGUUGAAACCCUGAAGCGCGAAUUGUCCAAGAACCAACAAAUCAAUGCCACCUACCAAAAAGUCCUCCGCGAAAUUGGCAGCAUCGUUACUGCUGUCGCCAAUGGUGAUCUCAGCAAAAAGGUGCUCAUCAGCGCCAAAGAGCGUGAUCCCGAAAUCGCUACCUUCAAACGUACAAUCAACAAGAUGGUCGACCAAUUACAAGAUUUCGCCAGUCAAGUCACACAUCUCGCCCGUGAAGUCGGCACCGAAGGAAGACUCGGCGGCCAGGCCGUCUUGCCUGGUGUCAGUGGUAUCUGGGCUGAAUUGACACAGAAUGGUAUGCAGAGUAUCCUUCGUUGUUUGCACGUCCAUGCACUAAUCACCUACANNGUCAACAUCAUGGCCGACAAUCUUACCAACCAAGUACGAGAAAUCGCCGUCGUAACUACCGCAGUCGCCCAGGGCGAUCUCAGCCGCAAGAUCCAACGCCCUGCUCGUGGCGAAAUAUUGCAACUGCAGCAGACUAUCAAUGGCAUGGUCGACCAAUUGCGUACCUUUGCAACAGAAGUCACUCGCGUCUCUCGUGACGUCGGCACUGAAGGUGUGCUCGGAGGUCAAGCUCAGAUCGAAGGCGUGCAGGGCAUGUGGAACGACCUGACAGUCAACGUCAAUGCCAUGGCCAACAACCUCACGACUCAAGUACGAGACAUCGCCGAGGUCACCACUGCCGUCGCACGGGGUGAUCUUACGCAAAAGGUCAAGGCUGAGUGCAAGGGUGAAAUUCUUGAGCUCAAAUCGACUAUCAAUUCUAUGGUUGAUCAACUCAGACAAUUUGCUCACGAAGUUACAAAGAUUGCCAGAGAAGUCGGAACAGAAGGAAGACUUGGUGGACAGGCUACCGUGCAUGGAGUCGAAGGCACAUGGAAAGAUCUCACCGAGAACGUCAACGGCAUGGCCAACAACCUCACCACUCAAGUGCGUGAGAUCGCUCACGUCACCAAGGCUGUUGCCAGAGGCGAUCUCAGCAAGAAGGUUGGGGCCGAGGUUAAGGGCGAGAUUCUCGAGUUGAAGGUCACCAUCAACACCAUGGUUGACCGUCUGAGUACUUUCGCCUUCGAGGUCAGCAAGGUGGCAAGAGAAGUCGGUACUGAGGGUGUGCUUGGUGGACAAGCCCAAGUUGAGAACGUUGAAGGCAAAUGGAAGGACCUGACUGACAACGUCAACACCAUGGCCAACAACCUGACCAACCAGGUCCGCAACAUCUCAGACGUUACCCAAGCUAUCGCCCGCGGUGACAUGACUCAAGUCAUCAAGGUUCAUGCUCAGGGAGAAAUCUUGCUCUUGAAGAACACCAUCAACGACAUGGUUGGUCGACUUGAUAACUGGUCUCUUGCUGUCAAGCGUGUCGCUCGCGAUGUCGGUGUUGAUGGCAAGAUGGGUGGUCAAGCAGAAGUCGAUGGAAUUUCUGGUCGCUGGAAGGAAAUCACUUCCGACGUUAACACCAUGGCCCAAAACCUGACUUCACAAGUCCGAGCAUUUGGUGACAUCACCAACGCCGCUAUGGACGGCGACUUUACCAAGAUGAUCACUGUCGAAGCAUCUGGCGAAAUGAACGAGCUGAAGCAAAAGAUCAACAAGAUGGUUACUGGUCUGCGUGAAAGCAUCCAGAAGAACACUGCUGCGAGAGAAGCUGCUGAAUUGGCCAACAAGACCAAGUCGGAGUUCCUUGCCAACAUGUCUCACGAGAUCAGAACUCCCAUGAACGGAAUCAUCGGAAUGACCCAACUCACUCUCGACACUGACCUGAAUCAAAACCAGCGAGAGAUGCUCAACCUGGUAUUCAACUUGGCUAACAGUUUGUUGACCAUCAUUGACGACAUCCUCGAUAUUUCCAAGAUUGAGGCCAACCGUAUGGUUGUCGAGGAGAUUCCAUUCUCUCUCCGUGGUCAGGUUUUCAAUGGUCUCAAGGGUCUGGCAGUCAAGGCCAACGAGAAGCGUCUCGACCUUGCCUACUAUGUCGACAGCUCAGUACCGGACUACGUUGUCGGAGACUCCUUCAGACUUCGUCAAAUCAUUCUAAACCUCGUUGGCAACGCCAUCAAAUUCACUGACAAGGGCGAGGUCAGAAUCUCCAUCUCCGCGGCGGACCAAGUCGGAUGCAAGGAUGGCGAGUACGCAGUCCAGUUUGCUGUUCGUGAUACUGGUAUCGGAAUACCGAGCAACAAGCUUGAUCUUAUCUUCGACACUUUCCAGCAAGCAGAUGGCUCAACCACCCGCCGCUUCGGUGGUACUGGUCUUGGCCUGUCCAUCUCAAGACGACUCGUUUCUCUUAUGCACGGAAGAAUGUGGGUGGAGUCUGACUUCGGUCAAGGCAGUUGCUUCUACUUCACUGUGAAGUUCAAAGUUGGCAACCCCGAUGUUAAGGCCAUCGACAAGCAGCUCAGAGCUUACCGCAAGCACAACGUGCUCUUCAUUGACACUGGUAAGACCGGUUGCUCCAAAGAGAUUGCUCAGCAUCUUGUCAACCUUCAGCUGGUACCCAUGGUCGUCCACAACGAGCAUGAAGUACCUUCACCUCAGGCUGCUAUAGCUGCUGGAAAGGCUUACGACUGUGUUCUGGUCGAUUGCAGAGAGACAGCUCGCAAGCUUCGCAACGUUGAGGACUUUAAGUACAUCCCCAUCGUCAUGCUUGCACCUAUCAUCAGCAUGAGUUUCAAGUCGGCACUCGAAGACGGCAUUGCAAGCUAUAUGACGACGCCUUGUCUGUCCAUCGAUCUGGGCAACGCGCUGAUUCCAGCAUUGGAAGGACGUGCAGCACCUACAUCUGCGGACCCUUCAAUGAAAUUUGACAUCUUGCUCGCUGAAGACAACGCGGUCAACCAAAGGCUGGCGGUCAAGAUUUUGCAGAAGCACCAUCACACAGUCACCGUGGCCAACAACGGUCUGGAAGCAUUCGAGGCCAUCAAGAAGAAGCGUUAUGAUGUUGUACUCAUGGACGUGCAAAUGCCCAUCAUGGGAGGCUUCGAAGCCACUGCCAACAUCCGUCAAUAUGAGCGUGAGCACGAGCUCACCCGCUCGCCCAUUAUUGCCCUUACAGCCCACGCCAUGUUGGGUGACCGCGAGAAGUGCAUCCAAGCUCAAAUGGACGAGUAUCUUUCGAAGCCGCUCAAGCCAAAUCAGCUCAUUCAAACCAUACUCAAGUGUGCAACCAUGGGAGGAGCAUUACUCGAACGCAACAAGGACCAGAGACUGGCACUCACCCAAGGUGACGACGGCAAGCAAGCAGAUAGCACAGGCAGUAGCAAAGUCAGCACACCCAGGAGGCCCAUCUUGGAUAUUCGUGGAUACACCGACUCGCCGACCAAUCCGACUAAGAGUCCCUCAAUUGUGACGGCAGACCUUGGAGAUCCCAUUGAGCGGGUAAGCUAUUCUCGAUGCACUUUGAUGUGA